CAAUCUAUAUUUGGGCCCAGGCCCAAUACUAUGGUCAAGACCGCCAUAAAACUGGCACGUAUGUUGCUCCUAGUUCUUGGAUGACGUGUCGAUAUAUGAUAGGUUAAUGUCACGUGGCGAGUGAUAGGUUAAUGUCACGUGGCGAGUGAUAGGUUAAUGUCACGUGGAAGAAGACUCGUAGGUCUAAAAUCUGAAUACGAAGAAAGAAGACUCGAAAAGAGUAUAUAUAUAAUAAAUAUACGACGACACGAGAAGCUAGGGGAGAAAUCUUGAAGCUUCGUUAUCUUUUUGACUUCAAUUGUUGAUUCUCUUGGAGGGACUCAGCGAGGAUGAGAGAACGGGUUUCUACAUUCGUUUCGCUGCUUCUUGUAGCUUUGUUUUCGUUUUCGAGUCUUUGCUACUGUGACGACCAGACGGUCCUGUAUGAGUCGUUCGACGAGUCUUUUGAUGGUCGUUGGAUCGUUUCGGAGAAACCUGAAUACCAAGGUGUGUGGAAGCACGAGAAGAGUGAAGGGCAUGAUGAUUAUGGACUUCUAGUGAGCGAGAAAGCUAAAAAGUAUGGAAUUGUGAAGGAGCUUGAUGAGCCACUAAACCUUAAAGACGGAACUGUUGUUCUGCAAUACGAGGCUCGUUUCCAAGAAGGGCUUGAGUGUGGUGGUGCUUACCUAAAGUACCUUCGUCCUCAAGAAGCUGGAUGGGUUCCUCAAGGGUUUGAUAAUGAUUCUCCUUACUCUGUCAUGUUUGGACCUGACAAGUGUGGUGCUACCAACAAGGUGCAUUUCAUCUUGAAGCAUAAGAAUCCUAAGAGUGGCGAGUUUGUUGAGCACCAUCUCAAGUUCCCUCCUUCUGUUCCGUUCGACAAGCUUUCUCAUGUCUACACUGCUAUCUUGAAACCUGAUAAUGAGGUGACGAUUUUGGUUGAUGGUGAGGAGAAGAAGAAGGGUAACUUGCUGUCUGGUGAAGACUUUGAGCCUCCUUUGAUCCCUUCCAAGACUAUCCCUGAUCCGGAUGACAAGAAGCCAGAAGACUGGGAUGAGAGAGCCAAGAUUCCUGAUCCUACUGCUGUGAAGCCUGAUGACUGGGAUGAGGAUGCACCCAUGGAGAUUGAAGAUGAGGAAGCUGAGAAACCCCAAGGAUGGUUGGAUGAUGAGCCUGAAGAGGUCGACGACCCUGAGGCAAGCAAGCCUGAAGAUUGGGAUGAUGAGGAAGAUGGUGAGUGGGAAGCUCCCAAGGUUUCUAACCCCAAGUGUGAGACAGCACCUGGAUGUGGCGAAUGGAAGAGACCGAUGAAGAGGAACCCUGCUUACAAGGGCAAGUGGAGCUCACCUCUCAUAGAUAACCCAGCUUACAAGGGAAUCUGGAAACCCAGAGACAUACCAAACCCUGACUACUUUGAGCUUGAUAGGCCUAACUUCGAACCUAUUGCAGCCAUUGGUAUUGAGAUUUGGACAAUGCAAGAUGGUAUCAUAUUUGACAACAUAUUGAUAGCUAAAGAGGAAAAGGUUGCGGAGACAUACAGACAAACCACAUGGAAGCCCAAAUCUGAUGUUGAGAAAGAGAAACAAAAGGCAGAGGAUGAAGCUGCUGGUGACGCAGAUGGUCUCAAGAGCUACCAGAAGAAGGUGUUCGACCUCUUGUACAAGGUUGCAGACAUUUCUUUCCUGAGUGCAUACAAGUCAAAGAUCAUGGAACUCAUUGAGAAAGCUGAAACACAGCCAAACUUAACCAUCGGUAUGAUAAUUUCUAUCGUGGUUGUCGUCCUCUCCUUCCUCUCCCUCUUCUUCAAGCUAAUAUUUGGUGGUGCAAAGGUUAAUGUGGAAAAGAAGAAACCUGAAACAGCAACAGAGGCCUCAUCGAGCGAGUCAAAGACAGAGGAAAAGGAAGAAAGGGCGGCUGUGCCACGUAAGAGGCCGACAAGGCGUGAUAGUUAGAGAAAGAUUUUGAUUUUUGGUGUUCUUUGUUUGGUUCGUUUAACACCUUAUGUAGACAGUAGAAAGACAAGAUUGUAACAUGCUUAUUUUUUAUUUUUGUAUGGUUUUUAGUUUCUCACUUGAAUCUUAAUGUGGGUUGAAAUAUGAUAACAGACCGACAA